UUUUGAGGCGCGCUUUCAGUUUCCAGAGAGGAAGUCUAUCUCGUGUGACGUGAUAAUAGUUGCAACGGGGCGGGUUAUAGUUGAUACCACAAUGUCGGCGGGGGGAAUGCUGCGCCAGUGUCCUCUCCUCAUACCCCAGGAUCUACAAGGGAGAGUGUACGAUGGAUUCCUCAGCAUACAAGAUAAGGAUUUUCGGCUCAGGGUCAUUUUGCCUGAAGAUUUACAGCUGGCAAAUGCAAAGAUAGAGUGCAGCUGGAAGUUAAAGAAAGUUCUGCAAGCUUAUGAUCAGAUUGUGAAGCAGAGGCUACAACAUAGUGUUAACCUCGAAAGCUUUAUGAUGGAGCUAAAGACCAUUUUGGAAGCCGCUCUGAAGAAUACAAAUGCAAUGCAGACACCACCAGCUCCCCAGUAUUAUUCCUGCCUUGUUAAAGACAUUGAGAGCCUUGGCUGGGAUAAAUUGUCCUUUGUGGAUACUGAAUUGAGUAUGAUCCAGUUAAAAAUCGAGGAUACAUCUGGACGUGAUCAUUUAGUCACACUCAAACUAAAUGCUAAGUACCCUUAUGAAGCUCCUGAUUGCUCUGUUGACUUUCCAAUUCCUUUCACCAUAUCCUGGACACCACAGAGUUCCCUGCUGAACAUUUAUAAGCAAGUCUCCUCCGCACUGGAGUCAUUGAAAGGUUUUUGGGAUGCUUUAGAUGAAAUAGACCAGAAAACGUGGGUGUUGGAACCCGAAAAGCCCAUGCGCAGUUCUACUAUGAGACGGAUUGUGAUUGGUAACAAUGUAUCCAUUACAAUAGAUGUGGACCCUAAGCACCCAGCAAUGCUUCCGGAAUGCUAUUUCCUUGGAGCUGAGCACGUGGUGAAUCCAUUAAGAGAGAAACUGAAUUUAAAUAUUCACUUAUGGAUUUCAGCAUGGAUUGUGGCAUAUGUUACGCCUAUCGACUGGACUCUGCCAUACCAGAUCAAGUGUGCGACGACCCCCGUUGUGGGCAGCCUUUCCAUCAAGCCUGUCUGUAUGAGUGGCUCAGAGGUUUGCCCUCCAGCAGACAAAGCUUCAACAUUAUAUACGGCGAAUGUCCCUACUGUAACAAGCCCAUUACCCUAAAAAUGUCGAACAAGAAAUCGUGACGCAUUCAGAAGUUUCCUGUCGGACAGAGAUGAUUUGAGAAAUCGGCUGAAUCCAUCAAAACCCAUAAAAUACAAUGUAAAUUGUCAGCAAAAGCACAGGA